GUGUAUAAAACUUGGGUUGCUACGAUGAAGAAUGAAAUACCACUAAGUAGGCCUGAUCCUAUAAUUAAAAAGUUGAAUGAUCCAUUAUUUCACUCCAUAUUUACACCAGAACUUAACACCUUAGCACAAAUAUUUAAAAAGCAUAAUUAUGAACUAAAAAUUGCCGGCGGUGCAGUCAGAGAUAUUUUAAUGGAUAUAAAACCAAUAGAUUUGGAUUUUGCAACAGAUGCUACCCCACAGGAAAUGAAAAACAUGUUUGAAGAAGAAAAUAUUAGAAUGAUCAAUAAUAAUGGAGAAAAGCAUGGUACAAUUACCUCAAGAAUAAAUGAUAAAGUAAAUUUUGAGAUCACAACACUUAGAAUUGACACACAUACUAAUGGCAGGCAUGCAGAAGUUAAAUUUACAAAAGAUUGGAAACUAGACGCUCUUCGUAGAGAUCUUACAAUAAAUUCUAUGUUUCUUGAUUUAGAAGGAAAUAUAUGUGAUUAUUUCUUUGGUUAUGAUGAUUUAAUGAAACGAAGAGUUAUAUUUGUAGGAAAUCCAGUACAUAGAAUUAAGGAAGAUUAUCUACGAAUCUUGAGAUAUUUUCGAUUUUAUGGAAAAAUUUCAGACCAACCAGAUGCUCAUGAUGAAUAUAUUAUAACAACAAUAAAAGAAAAUAUACAUGGAUUGAAAAUAAUAUCUGGAGAAAGAAUUUGGAGUGAAUGGUCAAAAAUCCUUUCUGGAAAUUAUGUUAAAGAAAUAACAUUUAAAAUGUUAGAAUGUGGUAUUGCAAGAUACGUAGGACUUCCAGAAAACCCAAAUAUAGAAAAGUUUGAGAUUAUUUGCAAUAUAUCUAAAAAAAAUAACAUUUCUUUACAGCCGAUUACUUUUCUUGCUGUAAUGUUAAAAAAUGAAAGUGAAGUAUUUGAGCUUCAUCGUAGAUUAAAAUUAUCUGCAUAUGAUAGAGAUUUAGCAUUAUUUUUAAUUUCAUUCUGGGAAGAUAAACCUUCAGUAGAUCUUUUAAAAUUUUAUAAAAGAAUUCUUAUUCAUUGGAAAGGAAAUGUUGUUAAUGCAAAAGAAUAUAUUUGUGAAUUAUUAAAAUGUAAACAAUAUUUUGAUCUUGCUGAUGAUAUAAAAAACUUAAUAAUACCAAGAUUUCCAGUUAAUGGAAACAUGUUAAAAUCAUAUGUAGAAAGGGGAAGAAUGAUGGGUAUUGUUAUUAAAGAAUUAAAAAAUAUUUGGUUGGACAAAAAUUUUGAAAUAAGUGCAGAAGAAUUACUGCAAGAGGUUCCACGAAUUGUUAGUGAAUUGGAAGAUAAUAACUCAGAGAAACAUGUGUUUUUAAAUAAAUAAACUUUAAUAUUAUAUAUAUUUCACUUUUUUAAUGAUCUCAAAAUUACUAAUUAAUAGUAUAUAAUUUUACAAAGGGAUAA